UUGGAGAUAUUGCAUUUACACCUGGAUUGGCCAUGGAAGCUGGCCAUCGUACCCGAUGGGAUGGUACGUACUUCUUUGGCUGCUUCUUGGGCAUGCCAAAGCUCAGCUGACACAGCUCCUCUCAGACUGCUUGUUUUUGCGUGGCGAGGGCAGGUGCGAGGAUCUGGUGCAGCGGGGCUACGCUUUGCCAGGUGAACUAGAUGUUGCCUUCAAGCUUUGCCCCGGCUCAGAGAUCCUGCAAGCACAUAAUAGUUUUCCUGUUGCAGUGAAACUGUCAUUGUCACAUGAUGGCAUGUACUUUGCUCACGUGGGCCAUCUCCGGCCGGGCUGGUCAAGCUGGCAGUUUCGUGCCAAUUACGUUCGAGUUGAGUGGACAAAAAUCAAGGAGCUCCAAACCCAAGCACCACGAGGAACCCUGGCUUUCUUUGGGCAACCAUGCGGUGACGGCAAUUUAACUCUUCCGAAAGGUCAGUGGCAUUUGCCUCGAGUGGUGGCGCGGCCCAAAGGCUGCUUCUCCACAGCGCUUUCGGAACGGUGCUGUCAUCCUUUAAGACCGCAAUGCUGGGGUCACAAUGCUCUCUUGGCCUUUGCAUGCUGCGCGGUCCCUUACAAGCAAGCUGGUUUGUCAACCUGCUUGGUCUCGAACGCCAAAUUCCCAAACGCCAAUCAGGACUGCAGAGGACAUCCCCUCAACUUUUUUCGCUCCUUCCAAGAUGGAAAUGAGCUGAGACUGGUGGUGGGAGGCCGUUUGUCUCAACAGCCAUUUCAGGCGAUCAAUGCAUCUUUGUCAACUGGCUGCCUUUUCCAAAGCAUACUCUAUCUGUUCCACGAGCUCCAUCACUUGAGCCGUGAUGCACAGUUUCUGGAAGCAAUCUCCCCUCUACAGCUUUACUCUUACGCUCGACUCUUUCAGGAAAUGAUGUUUGCCUGCGACCUGGAGGAGGUUCAGUUUUUUGAGCUGGCAGGGCUUUUGCCCACACAGAUGCUUUAUUUGGUGUGGCUCACAACGGGGAGGCGCUAUGACUGGCUUCUGGAUACAGUACCACGACCUCCUCGGUUGUUGAUCAUUGACAUUGGCACUGCUGGAGGUUUGGACACUGCAUUGUACUUAGCCUUGGGCGCAGAUGUGGUGUCCGUGGAGGCCAAUCCGCUUGCAAGCAACUGCACGAGUAGCCGCUUGACGCGGCAUUUGCGGAGUAGAAAGCUGAGAUUGCUCAAUGCCAAGAUCAGCACAGGUGUGGGACGUGAGGUUUUCCUGGGGUCAUCGCAUGCUUUGGACUUCGAGCGAGCUGGAGAGACAGAGCUGCCGAGAUAUGAUGCAAACAGGUAUGAGAACCGUGUUCACUUGCACACUACCAGCUGUGGAGAUCUAGUCGCCACGUAUGGCACCCCAUUCUACAUGAAGGUGGAUGUGGAGGAUGCCACAAAGACUUGCCUCGACUCCUUAGUGCGAUUGCCUUUGGAAGCACGGCCCGCGUUAAUUUCUGCCGAGAUGGAGGACCAGACAAUCCUGCAACGCUUGCUGGCUCUGGGGUACCGAAGCUUCAAAAUUGUGCGUCAGUCACCACACAGUGGGGUGAGAAGCCUGGCAAGUCCAGGAUGUGCUCUCCAUGGUGCGCCCCAGCUGAUUGAGAGUGCCAGUGGCCUUUUUGGCGAUGCUGCUGCCGAUGUUCUAACAGGUGCUACCUGGACUUCCUUCGAAGAGGCGCUUGAUGUCUAUCUAUCUGUUGUUGAUCAACCUGUGAGACAAGCUGUGGCCUCGUGGUUUCCAUCUGCAGCCUCUGAAUGGUUUGAUGUUCAUGCUCGCCGUGAGAAACCGCAAAAGUCUGCACCGCAAGGGAUGAAGGGGCAGAAGCCAUGACUCAUGAUUCCUUCGGUUUUCCCACAAUUUGCCGCACGUUCUUUCAGACUGAGUUUCUAAAAGGGUGGAACUCUUAUUUGAUCUUAUUUGAUUUCCUUUGGCACAUAUUUGCCCGCUCGCUGCAGUUGCAGUUGCACAUUCAGCCUCGGGGGCUUAGGUUGGCUGCGCCUUAAAGCCUUGUCGUCAUCAUGCCUUCUGUGUUGCUUGUGCACAGCGCUUGGUGGACUCCGGGCAGCGAUGCCCGAUUUGCCGGCAACCUGUGAAUGGCCUAUCUAGAACAUAUACGUCGUGA